CAUAGUUGGAUUUUAUUUGGAUUUUUUUAUUUGCAAGAACGUUGCGGGCUUUCUCAACAAUUUUCUGCAAACGAUAGACUAAAGCUAUUUGAAGCUCGUGAAAAAUCUGUGGGUUUGCAAUCAGCUCAAAAACAAAUAUAUAUAUACAGCAUACAGUUGCACAUAUUGCACUCAGUAUGUUACAGGACUUAUGUGUGGGAAAUGUAAUGGUUAUGCAAUUGUCCAACCGCCUCCAUUUUGCGGAUAAUUGUGUUCAAAUUUAUUGAAGUCCGCCUACACUGUGACAGAUCUGCUUUAUGUGUUUUUUUCCUAUUCCCAACCGUGUAGAUACAUGUCGCCAGUGCUGUAAUAACUUGAUAUAAUAUCGUGAAGUGGAGACGUUAAGUUGGUAGCAAUACCCCGCCAUGCAAAGUUGUGCAAGACAAUUACUUGAUAAAUUUCAAAGGUCAACAUUACUUUGUGUUAAAACAUUGGUUAAUUGGAAGUUAAUACAAGUUGUCAUAUAGAACUUCCAAAGCUGGGCUGGUAAUUUCGUAACAGAAGAAAGUUAAUUUAUCAACAUUUUAUUAUCUAAAAACGAAUCAGUAAAAUUAAAGGAAAUCAAAAUAGGAACAUUCAUAUAUCGUGUAUAUGUUUAAUGAACGAUACUGCUAUUAUCAGUGUUCGGUUGUCUUAUGACGUAACACAUAAACUUUGGAAUAAGGAAACUAAACAGAAACAUGCAUAGUGUAUUUGUUUUGGCCAUACGGUAAUUGAAAAUGUGCAUUUCUCGUAAUUGUUAACAGAAUGCCGUUAAUAAGAUUAUUUUCUCAUAAUGUAUGUAAAAACAAGAUCUUAAUUAACUGUAUAAUGAUGAUCACUAAGAAGUGAUUUCUCAUUCAUUCCGCUACCCGCAAAAACUGCUCAUAUUUUUAUAUUGGAUAUAUAAUAUACCGCUUUAACUACUUGGCCGUCUGUAUGCAAAUUGUGCACAUGUUCGACUGACAUUUUGAAAUUUGCGGCAUCAAAGUGAUUAGGUGAUGAAAUUUAUUAAUGAAAUUGACAACUAAUUCGGUGGAAAGGUGAUUCUAAUUUUGGAAACAAGCAGAUGUGUUUAUAUAUAGUGCAGCAGACGAAAUGUUCUAAAUUUGGAUAAUAGCAUCCAAAUGUCACAAUAAUAACGAUAUUUUUGUGUCUUGAAACAAGAAUAAUAAACAUUCUUUCAAAUCUACUAAUUUUCAAAAGGAGAUCGUAAUUAAAAAUGAGUAUUCUUAAAGAUAUGUAAUCGGAUUAUACGUGAGAGCUGAUUUCCGAUAGAUUUAAAAUUAAACACAAUUCGUGAUUUUUUUUCGAUGGACACAAAAAGAACAAACGCAAAUCCGAUGAACGCAUACAUGUAUCAUAUUAAUUAUUUCAAGUGGCUAUCAAAAUUCAAUAUCCGGACCUUUUAGUCGUAACACUAAACAAUACAAAAAUACGUUUCAAGUUCUAUAUUUAUCCGAGAUUUUAUCGAGACAAUUUAUUAACUAAUUCCAUUGUUGACAACCUCACAUUCCUCACUCGUCAACGUGAACAAUCUAUAUAAGUAAAAAGGACUACGAUUUGUAGAUUGUAUACUAUUACAGCUACAAUUGUAUACCUUAGUGAACACGAAACAAUAUAGCUUUAGUGUACGUACAUUGCAUCUUUAUACUUACACGCAAACUGAAGCAUAUACGGAAGGUUAAAACUUCAGCUAUUCAUGCAAUAAAUAGUACAAAUUCGGUCGUAAAAGUUUUUUACGCCUGUGAUAAAUAAGAAAAUGAAAUAUUUCUACACAUAAAGUGUACCUUUGUAUGUGUUGUUGUAAGAAUUACGGAAUUAAGAGACGAAUCUAAAUUUUUUUGAGGAUUUUCAGUGAUGAAUAAAAGUUUUAUACAAAUACAGUUCCUAUAUUUCGAAACCAACAGUUGAAGAAUAUUGAGAGUGCAUAUAUGUCGCGAAUAAAUAGACGACUCGAAGUUUAGUAAUUAAUAUAGAUGAAAUAUAUGAAGUACCUAACAAGUUUAUUUGUUUAGGAGUGUUGUGAAAAUUUAAUUGUAUACAACAGGGAAUAUUUUCCAUUCAUAAAACGCAUGUUAAGAAAAUCGAUGACUUUUGUGAAUGGGAAAAGACUACAAUUAACACUCGUACUGAUAAAUUAUUCAAAUUGACCCAUUUUAUUUGUUAUGGUCCAUUGGACCUCGAAAUUGUUGUCCAUGCAAGGAGUAUCAUUUCCUUAAUUCACAAGGGAAAACCACCUCCGUAAAAUGUGAAUAAUUGAAAAUAAACAAUCAGAUUUAGGAUUACAUUGCUUAUUAUUAGAAAAAAGUGUUUAUUCAGCUAUAAACAACUAUAAACAAAAUGAGGAUCUUUGUGGAAUAUGCACUAUUAGGAAUUUUGUUCAGUUUUAAUGGAGUUUUUCCGGAAAACCUAUACACAAGGUCUAAAACAAUUGUGGAACUGGUAUCAGGAACGAAUAGAUUGCGACAGGUAUCAACAAUGAUAGAAGACGCCGGUUUGUCGUUGUUCUUUGAGCAGAACCAUAUUACUGCUUUCAUUCCCACAACAGAAGCUCUAUUGACGUUCGACGAGAAGAAGUACGGUUACGAUCUGACAGACAGGGAAACAGUCAGAUCUCUUCUGCUAUAUCACAUGGUUAAAGGGCCGUAUCUCGACAGUGAUUUACCAGCAGCAAAAGAAGCAAAAUCUCUUCACCCUUCCGGUUAUAAACUUUAUUUCAACCAAUUUACAGAAGGAAGUGAAAAGAUUUUCACUGUGAAUGGCGCAGUUUUGAUAACUUCUAAUAUCACGGCAAGUAAUGGUGUUUUGCAUAUCAUUGACAGAGUUAUGGCCCCAAUCACAAGUGCCAAAACAGUACACGACUACAUUUUAUACCCUGAGAUACCAAGUUAUUCAUUUUCAUCUAUAAAUAAUGCAUCCAUAGUGGACUUGGAUUUACGACAAUGGACUACAGAGACAAACCGGAAGUUUACAGUAUUCUUACCAAAUGAUGGCCAUUUAGUCUCUAUGCCAAGCUACGGACAGGACAGAUUAUUCAAAGACUGGUACCUAAUUAGAAAGGUAUACCAUGCACACACAGUCCUAGAUACAUUUUCCUUCAUACCGUCUAAGGGUGAUAUUCCAAAACUGACCUCUAUGCAGGGUGAUAUUACCUUCUACAGGGAGAAUAAUAGAGUUUAUGUGAAGAGUAAUAGAGUAAAAGCUUUAGUAAUUCAAGCUAAUGUACCUACUGUGAAUGGUAUAAUCCAUGUCAUAGACAAUCUACUGUACUUUAUCUAUAUGAACAUUGUACAGACAAUACAAAAAUUGCCUAAUACUCAAACUUUUAAAUUAUAUUUAGAAAGACAAUCAGAAGUCAGGUCGUAUCUUGGAAGUCUAAACGGAACAAAGACAGUAUUUGUACCAACUGAUACAGCGUUUGCUAAACUACCAUCAAAUAAACAACAACAGUUUACUAAUGACAUUACCUAUUUGUCUCAGAUUUUGAACAAUCAUAUUCUGAGUUCAGAAGUAGACGAAGGAUCAUUAGUUGACGGACAAACAUUCACAACGCUGUCAAACAAGACUAUCACAGUUAUAAGAAAAGAUCAAACAUUUUAUUUGGAAUCCGAAGAUAUGCAGAUAGAGGUUGAGGAAACAGACAUUGGUUGUACAAAUGGUAUUGUCCACUUAAUAGAUAAUGUUAUACUCAGGAAAGAUUAUACCGUGUGGGAAGCAAUUACAGGCAAUGAUCAGUUGAUAAAAAUGAAAAGUUUUAUGCAGAAUUAUAACGAUUUACCAUCGUUAUUGAACAACGGUGGUGUGCAUGUUACAGUAUUUUUACCAUUUGAUUACGUCAUGGAUGAUAUUCCAGGAUCUACACUAAGUAGCUUUUCUACAAAUCCGGAUCUUUUGUAUGACGCCUUGAGUGGACACAUCAUACUUGGUCAUACGUUAACUACAUUUAACAUGAGUAGCAAGGAAACAUUUAAUACAUAUGGAGGACACCAACUGACUACAGUGUUCUCUAAGGAGGAGAUAUCUGUGACUGGAAGUUACAUUAAAGCUGGAGUUAUUGUUAGAGAUAUAUUAUGUUCUAAUGGUGUUAUUCACAUAAUUGACAACUUAAUGCAUGUGGCAACAAGGAAUGUUUUAGAUGAAAUGAAAAGACAUAAAGAAAUUAGUGUUGUAUCUUCAUUUAUUGGCCUGUACACGAUGCAAAUGCUACAAAAUCUCCUCUCUGAUAAAGAUGAAGAUAUUACCAUAUUUGUUCCCGUCAAUGAGGCUUUCAACGACAUACCUAGAUCUCGAGCUGAUAAAAUACUCAUGGAUAGUCUUCUUUUAGAACGGAUUCUCCAAGCCCAUGUUGUAACAUCAGGGAGUCAUUUAGUAGAACAAUUAUAUGCUGAACAAAACCUUAUAUCUGUGGAAGACACAAUUUAUAUUAGAAAGGCUAAUAAUACAGUGGGUUUAGUAAGUAACAAUGUGCAUUCAAAGAUUACUACAAGCAACGUUAUAGCUACUAAUGGUGUAAUUCACAUGGUGGACAGAUUACUGUAUUAUCCUUAUUUCACGGUAGCAGAAACUAUGUCAAAAGAUGAGAGACUGAUACCAUUCUUUGAUAUGCUGUUUGAAAAUGAAGACUUUCAAGAUUUAUCAGAUGCACCUGACGAAGAUAUGACUGUGUUUGUUCCAUCUCCUUCAUCACUGGCAAAUAUAACUACAAAUCCAUCAAUUUUAACACAGUUAUACCUGGGUCAUGUUCUGCCAGGAUUGAAAAUUGAUCAGAAAUAUCUUAGUAAACAAAAAUCUAGAAAUACUGUUAACGUGACAGAAAACAACAUUACAUUUUCAAUGAUGAAUCAAACAAUAGGUUAUUCGAUUGAUGUAGGAUAUAGUAACCUUCGAUACUACUUUAACAGCAUAUCAGACGGUAUUGCAUGUAGCAAUGGUAUAGUGUAUAUGAUUCAGGGACUGCUGAAUUUCAAUAAUAAAACUUUGAUGCAGGAGAUACAAAGUGACAACAGUUAUCUACAUGCCUUAAACUACAUGUUGAGGUUUUGGCCAUCUGAUAGUGGUGACAGACUUCGACAACCUGAUAGAAAUUUUACACUAUUCCUGCCUGCAGCCUUUGUUGUUGACAGUCUUUCUAAAACAGCAGUGGAUUUUCUAGAUAGUAUUACAGAACAUGAGAAGGAAGAGUUUUAUGCACGACAUAUAAUAGAUGGACAUGUGUUAACAGUAAAAGAUAUAUCUCAGAAAGGGAAAAUGAAAAAUAAUGUUACUGCCGAAUAUGUUGAAAAUGAAAUGUUUCUAAAGUGGAAUAAUACUCAUUCAAGAGUAGUACAUGCCAAUAUUUUAUCUUCAAAUGGACUUAUACAUAUAAUAGAUAAACUAUUUAUAGACUUACCUGAAACGCCAACAACAGUCUCACCUAAAGGAACCACUAAGAAAUCUUCACAUACGAACGCUUCUGAAUCUGUUUUAAUAUUUAGAUCAUUUUAUACAAUAAUUUUAACUAUUUUUGUGAUUUUGUUAACAUAGUUUUGUAUUGUAUUGUAUUAAAUCAUAGUAUUUUUGUA